ACUAUAUCAAAAUUUGUUGAAUGGAAACUUCACAAUUCAAAUAUUUUUAGUGAUGAGUAAUAUGAUGGAAAAAUAACUAUAAAUAAAAUCAUCGUCUAUGAAUCGAACAACACUAACUUUAAGUUUGCAUGAGGGCAACAAAACACUGAGCGUCAUAGUCUCACAUCGAUUCGGAAGAUCCUCGAUCAAGUCCUGAUGAUGCUUCUAAAUGUCAACUCCCGAAGCAUGUAUGUCGACGAUAUCGCGAAUAGGAAUCUCGGUGAGUCCUCUCCGGACUCAAGCCAACUCAAAGUUGGAAGGAAUUUCAUAUAAAUAGAACCCAAGCCGAUGGUGGUUCAUCUCAGUCUCUUCCUAGUCUUUGGAUAGUCAGGUUUGCAAGUUUCAUCAUGGCUUUUAAAUUGAUUUUGUUGGCCAUCUGUUUGGCAAUGACCUCGGCCCGGCCUCAAGUCGACAGCAACGGCAACGACGGAGCCCAAGGGCCAAUGUUUGAUCCCAACCCAGUGUACAACUUUGCCUAUCAAGUGGCGGAUGAGGAUAGCCAAAAUUACAUGACACAGGAGGAGAGUCGGGAUGGCGAGAAUGUGACUGGAAAAUAUUCUUAUGUGGAUCCCAAUGGAGCUUUGGUCACGGUUACUUAUCAAGCUGGAGUCAUGGGUUAUACAGAGGAGAGAACCUUGCAAGAGAAUUUCGUGACCAUCCGUAAUCGACCUCAAACGACCCGGUCGUCUACUACGUCAUCCACGUUCGAGUCCGGAUCUGGUUCCGUUUCAAGUAGCGUCUCUAACACAAGAUCUGGAUCUGGAUCUGUUUCCGGUAGCAUCUCUAAUUCUGGAUCCGGAUCCCUUUCGAGUAGUGUCUUCAGCUCUGGAUCUGGAUCCAUCUCUGGGAGUGUCUCCAACUCCCGCCGGACUUCCAAUUCUGGCACGGGAUCAACUCGAUUCGGCUCAGUGAACUCCAGUUCUGGAUCUUCUCGCUUUGGCGCCAACACUCGGGAUUCUACUUCAACCACCACCACAACCACUACAAUCGAUAACGGCAGCAACGAAGGCCUUGUUUCCCAAGUGAGCACGGCUGUUGAACCCGCCGUCCAACAAGUCGUCUCCACCCAAUCUAGCACCUCUUCUUCUGAAGGGACCAGUGAUCUGGUGGCCAGGAUCAUUGCCCAAUUGACUCCAUUUAUCCAGCAAACCGUCUCAAACUCGUUGGACACGCCCAGUUCCAAUAACCAACAGACCACAACUACCACUACUCGGCGCAUUCAGAGCACACCCGUGGUGAUCACCCGCCCCAUUGGUUCGUCUGGACCGGCUCGAUCCCUGGCGAACUAAGGCGUCUUCUUUGUUCUCAGAGAAUCCCUUGCCAGCUCCACAAAAUUUCGAAAUAUGAGCUCUUCUGGAGCUGAGAGUAUCUUUGGAGUGUUUUUAGAAUGACUUCAGUUCCAGUACGGGGUAAUAUUUAUGAUUUUUGGUUGUGGAGGGACUUUUGUAUAAUGAUGAAUAUGAUGAUGAUAUUUGUGAACGUUUUCAAGGCGAACGUAUUUCUUAACAUUGAUCUAAUUUGUAAGCUCAAUAAAUAAAGCUUGUA